AUGGAUAUUCAAGGCACCCCUCUUCCUCAUACCGGCCGCGGCACUAAGGUCACCAACGAUCCUCGUUCACAACAGCGCAUUGAAGAAACUUCUGGCCCUAUUACAAAUGACUCGCUUGCCGCAGAGUCCAUCCGCCAAGGUGGCGGCUUCUCUGCCAACCGUGGCGCAGAGGCCAUGGGCGUCUCAGGAAACCAAUCCACAGCAAAGAACACCAACACCUCCGCCUCCAUCAAGCUUCCCUCUACUCCAUCUGGCUAUCAACGCCAGGACCGUCAUGAGGAACAGAAGUACCCCGAAUGUGUGGUUGGUCAGGGCAACUUUCCUGGCACACACCUAGACAACUCUGGGUACUCCGGUGGCUCAACUGCAGCCAAGAAGGAAAUGGGCAUCAAGGCUGGCGAAUACUCUGCUGCCAGCGGCAGUAGUGGUCGCAGUGAUCAGAAUGACGUGGCCAGCGUCCAAAAUGGUGGCCUUCCCUCCGACAAUGCUAAGAAUGUUAGCUUCAACUCGAAGGUUGGCUCCAGCGAAGACCCCUCCCGUGAGUCUAUCAACCAGUUCCAGCGCAGCAAUGCCGGUUCUGCUUAUAGUUCUGGCCGCCCUGAACAGAAGCGUGUGGAUGAUCAGAAUCAAUACGGGCAAUUGGAGAGUGAUCAGCACGCUUAA